GAUUUUAUCGUGUUUUCUUCUUCUUAAUCACCUAAAUAUACUCAUCAUCAUUUGGAUCUCUCUUGGAAAUGACCGAAAAAGAAUUAAUCGUUAUGAAUAAAUUAGAAUAUUUAAAAGAAAUACGUUAUCGUAUGCAAGAAAUUGAUCGUAUGCGUUCAUCAAUCAAUGAAGAAUUAGAUCUAGUCAAUGUUGAAGAAAAAUGUCUGCAAGAAUAUCGUCGUGAAAUGGAUUCAUUGUAUCAAGAAAAAAUGACACAUGUAGAAGAAUUACGACAAAUACAUUCGGAUAUUAAUAUGUUGGAAAAUGUUCUGAAACAAUCGGAAGAAGAUCGUAAUCGUCAUGUUGAUAAUGUUAAACGUUUACAUCAUCAUUUACAACAAAUGAAAGAUGGUGUUGAAAAAAUGCGUUCCGAAAUUGGCUUGCCUAGAAUGCAAGAAAAUUUAACCAAUCAAAAUAAUCAAAAAGAUGAAGAUGCAUUAAUGUUGGAUAAACUGGAUUUGGUAUUAGAUGCAGCCGCAAAACGUCAUGGUAAUAAUAAUUCAUCUGGAUAUUUGAAAGGUGAAUUUGAAUUAAAAGCAACAACAAUGGAUCCAUUAGUUGCUAAACAAUUAUCAUCAUCAUCAUCGAAUAAUCCAUCGACAAAUGUUGGUUCAGGUUCGACUGGAUCGACAAAUAAACCAUUUGCUGAUAAUACAAAUACAUCGGCAACAAAUUCAUCUGGACCUAAAUCUUCUGGUGCUGGUGGUGGAUAUUCAUCAUCAUUAGCAUCAUUAAUGUCCGGUUUUCAAGAUCUUCAUACUGGUGGAUCACGUACAAGUGGACAAUCAAUGGCCCAAAGUUUAGGAUCAUAUAAUGAUCAUCAUCAUGGUACAGCAUCUGCAUCCGCAUCAUCUGUUGUACCGAAUUCAGUUGCAUCAGCUGCAGCAGCAGCUGCAUUUCGUCAACAACCACCACCAAUGAAAUCAUGUCUUUCUUGUCAUCAACAAAUUCAUCGUAAUGCACCAAUUUGUCCAUUAUGUAAAGCUAAAAGUCGUAGCCGUCAUCCAAAACGACGUAAUCAACCGAAACAAAAUUAGAAAAUUUUUUCGUUUCUUUAAAAUUCUUUUAUAAUCUUAUAUAAUCAAUCAUUGAUCAGAUAAUCUCAUUUUUUUAAAUUA